AUGACCUCAACAACCCCGAAUUCGCAAGCCGCUGUUAUGGAAUCUUCCGCCGCAGACAAAAAGCGCAAUAAAUUAGGAUAUCAUCGCACCUCUGUCGCAUGUGUACACUGCCGGCGACGAAAGAUUCGAUGUCUCGUAGCAGCCGACGACGCUCAAGGCCGAUGUGAAAACUGUAUUCGACUUCGAAAGGAAUGUCAAUUCUUCCCCGUUGACCAACAACCUCCGGUUGAAAAGAAAUCCCGGCCCAGCUCGCGAUUGGAAACUGCAUCGACGGAUCCCUCCACGGCCUCAUCUUCGCCUCCGACUGGGAAUGGGGGAGAGCAAACGGAGGCAUUCUUUCCUUAUCAACCAAUGCCGCUAAACCCCGGUCCUGACGUUACGGCAUUCAAUCCCGGAGGCUUCCCUGGGAAUCCUAUGGCUCAGUUUGCGCCAGAUCGCAAUGUAGGAGCCGCCGAGUUUGCACCGGGACCGUCGCUCGAUCCAUCCGUUCCGUGGGACGAAUUUACUACGAUUUCAGAUCCUCAAGUCCUAGCAAAUAUGACCGCAGCAGGAAAACACGCGAUGAUGAAUAUGGGACCCGGGGUAUGGAGUCCCGGGCCCAACCCGAUGGCAGGCAUGCCGACCGCGUCCGGGCUUCCAGGAACGCCAACAGUACCAUCGCAAUCUCAGACCCUGAACCCAGCUACGGGGUACACCCUUCAACCAGACGGAUCAGUUUGGCCAAUGGCCCCGCCGCGAUCGAUGACUUUCCCCGCGCAGGCCGAGAUGCCCGUGCCAUAUCCCGCUCCCGGUCAAUUCCAACAGCAGAUACCCCCGGAUCUCAAACGAAGAAUGACCAGCCCGGCGCAAGCAUACCCACGAAGCCCCGUCAAUCCGCAGAGCCCUGCAUCGACCGAUUUGCAAGGGACGCCGGUGUCGGUGUCCUAUCCCGGCCAACCACCCGCGAUGGGCUUCCCCGGGUGGUCAGAUAUGAGCAACAUGUCCCCGAUGAAUGUCGUUCAAUAUCCUAUGUACACGGGCGAUGGCACGCCACAGGCGCCAUAUGGUAGCCCUCAACCACCCAUGGGCCAUCCUGGAUCCGGACAAUCGCCACCGUGA